AUGGGGUUUCUAUUUUCCAAGCCGCCACCUGAAGAAAAAACUUCAUGCAAAAUGUAUAGCAAUGAGUUCUUUGGAUUGUGUGCGGUGGGUGGCGCGCUCGCUUGCGGUCUCACACAUACCUUCGUCACGCCGCUCGACCUGGUUAAGUGUCGCCUGCAGGUCGACCCCAAGAAAUACGGCUCACUCUUCAAAGGCUUCGCGGUCUCAUAUAAUGACGGUGGUCUCAAGAACCUCGUUAGGGGAUGGGCGCCGACCUUAAUCGGCUAUUCGCUCCAAGGUGCAGCGAAAUUCGCCGGCUACGAAUAUUUCAAGUACAAAUAUGCGUUGAUAGUCGGCGAGGAGGAGGCCUUCCUGAAGCGAACCUACCUCUACCUGGCUGCGUCUGCGUCUGCCGAGAUGGUCGCAGACUGCUUUCUGGCACCGUUCGAGGCUACGAAGGUCCGGAUACAGACUACACCCAACUAUUACACAACCAUGAAAGUCGCUAUGCCACACAUGAGCCGCACGGAAGGUUUCGGCGUGUUCUAUCGCGGCAUCUUACCGUUGUGGGGACGCCAAGUGCCGUACACAAUGAUGAAGUUCUCGUCGUUCGAGAAGACAGUCGAGUAUCUUUAUGCGAAAGUUGUGCCAAAACAGCGAGAGAAGUGCACUAAAGGUGAGCAGCUGGUGGUGACUUUCGCUGCGGGCUAUAUCGCGGGCGUUCUAUGCGCCAUCGUGAGCCACCCGGCAGACAUGCUCGUGUCCAAAUUAAACAAAGACCCGGGCUCCUCAGUUGGGAUGGUCCUCUCUGAGUUGGGUUUCCUCGGGAUAUGGCGCGGUUUGGUGGCUCGUAUUAUAAUGAUCGGCACGCUCACGGGCCUGCAGUGGUUCAUAUACGACGGGUUCAAGGUAUACACGAGUAUGCCGCGGCCGCUGCCGGCUGAGAUGCCGGAGUCACUCAGAAAGAAGUUGAAUCAGUGA